AUGGCGCUUUCUUUCUCUUCGACUGUGUUCAAUCUCCAUCCCUGCAAGUCAUACAGAGCUCCAAUUGUGCCAACCCACCUCAACAAUGGAACUCUCCAGGUACAUUACCUUACUUCGCCUUCUACUCCCGCUCAAUCCUUAAGCAGAAAGCUACUCAAGCGUGGUACGAUUACAGCUUCAAUCGCUACUGAUGAUAAUAAUCAACAAGUCCAAGUUUCUACAUCUACGUUUAGGACCAAGAACCCUAGGGAAAUCAACGUCCUGGUAGUGGGUUCCACGGGCUACAUAGGCAAAUUCGUUGCGAAAGAGCUGGUGAAUCGAGGGUUCAACGUCAUAGCAGUGGCUAGGGAGAAGAGCGGAAUUCGUGGCCAGAAGAGCAAGGACCAAACCCUAGAAGAAUUGCAAGGAGCCAGUGUGUGUUUCUCCAGCGUGACCGAAUUGGAAACUCUGGAGAAAUCGCUUGAUGAAUUAGGGGUUCCAAUCGAUGUCGUCGUUUCGUGCCUCGCAAGUCGAUCGGGAGGGGUUAAGGAUUCAUGGAGGAUUGAUUACGAAGCAACCAAAAACAGUCUUCUGGCAGGUAAAAAGAAGGGCGCCAAGCAUUUUGUCCUGCUCUCUGCAAUCUGUGUUCAGAAACCGCUCCUCGAGUUCCAGCGCGCGAAGCUGAAAUUCGAGGAGGAGUUGAUGCAGGAAGCCGAAAGCGAUGACAAUGGGGGGUUUAGCUACAGCAUCGUGAGGCCGACUGCUUUCUUCAAGAGCUUAGCAGGGCAAGUUGAGUUAGUGAAACAAGGGAAGCCGUAUGUCAUGUUUGGAGAUGGGAAGCUCUGUGCUUGUAAGCCGAUCAGCGAACAGGAUCUGGCAUCGUUCAUGGCGGAUUGUGUGCUGGACGAAGACAAGAUGAACAGGGUUCUCCCCAUUGGUGGGCCGGGGAAGGCAUUGACGCCAUUGGAGCAAGGGGAGAUGCUGCAUAAACUGGUAGGGAAAGAGCCCAAGUUCUUGAAAGUGCCUAUUGGGAUCAUGGAUUUCGCCAUUAGCGUGCUGGAUUCCCUUGUGAAGAUCUUCCCAGGGAUGGAGGACGCGGCCGAGUUUGGGAAGAUUGGGAGGUACUAUGCUGCUGAGAGCAUGCUGGUCUUGGAUGCUGAGAGUGGGGAGUACAGUGCUGAGAAGACUCCUAGCUAUGGGAAGGAUACAUUGGAGGAGUUCUUCGAGAGGGUGUUGAAGGAAGGCAUGGCUGGUCAGGAAUUGGGUGAACAAUCUAUAUUCUGA